AUGUCCGCCACUCCAACGACGACCACCCUCACCACUACCAUCAUCACCACCACGACCAACACACCCACACAGGCCCUCCCGAACGCUAGUAAAGGCAAGAUGGCCGCCGUCGCCGCUGCGGGCAGGAAGCGUAAGCUCACGCUGAUGAACGGAGAGGAGCUGGAUCUGCAGCAAGUCAAUGCGAUCGCGCCCGUGCGGCCCGAGGUCGUGGAGGCGAUGAAGUUGCGCAUCAUCGAGCUCGAAGACCAGCUCGCUGCGAAGUCCCCUGCGAAGCGCGCGCGGACGAUAGCGGCCGCGGAUGUUACCAUGGAGCUCGAGGCGGGUCCCUCUACCACGCCCGCUUCCCUAACUAAGGCGGACGAGAAGAAGCGCAAGAUCCACCUCAAGAAGAUCUUCGACCGGCUGAAGAAGGAGUGCAAAGCGGUCUCGUGCAAGUUCCAGGGCGCGCCGAAGACGAUCAAGAUCGAGGAGGUGUUCGAAGUCGACGAGUUCAACGCGAUCUUCGCAGGCAAGGGCAGGCUCAUCCAGCCCACGCCGGAGAACAAGCCGAAGAGCACCGUGACCAUCAUGGACUUCAACACCGCCCAGGUACAGGUGCUGUUCGGGGACGAGCUCAAGGCGCUCAAGGGUAACCGCUGGAGCCGCGGCGGCGUCCCCGUGCGCACGUUCGGCGCCGGAUUUGGCGGGCUCGGCUCGAGCUUCAGCAAGUCCGUCAAGCAGGGCCCGUGCGACGUCGAGAUCCUCAGGCUCGACGUGAAUUACUCCAAGAACGGCAUGAAGUGCACGCUCAAGUUCGAUGUCGGCGAUGUCGGCGACGGUAGCGGGUACGACAGCGACGAGUGGUACUAG